AUCUUUUACACUAUUUUGGCAAUACUGAGAGUCUAGCGAAAUGCAAAUGUCAUGUUUAGUUUGUUUUAAUUUGCUAUAUAAUUGUUUUAAUUGAUCGGUCGCUUUCGAAAAUCAUAAUAUUGCGUUACAAAAUCUUAUCGUCCGUGUUGGUAUGUUACCUUUUAGACAUUCAGUAGUUAAACGUUUGCUCGGUUGGAAAAAAAGUUCAGAAAGCAACACUUCUUUUGCCGAAGACAAAUGGUCGGAAAAGGCUGUCAAGAGUUUGGUGAAGAAAUUAAAAAAGACCGGCUUUUUGGAAGAGCUUGAAAAAGCCUUAUCCACACAAAGUCCAAACACGAAAUGCAUUACUAUUCCCAGAAUACGUCCUAUAAACGGAGAUUCUGGAGGAAUAGCAACACAUCGCAAAGGGCUACCACAUGUUGUGUAUUGCCGUUUGUGGCGAUGGCCUGAUCUUCAAAGCCAGCAUGAAUUAAAACCAUUGGAACACUGUGAAUUUGCAUAUCAUUCAAGAAAGGAUGAUGAAAUUUGUAUAAAUCCUUAUCAUUAUAUCAAAAUAGAAAACCCAGCACUGCCUGCUAUAUUAGUUCCACGCCAUUCACUUACCUCAGAAGAAUCUGCUAGUCUAAAAUUAAUAUCUCCUUACUCGCUCGAUGAGCAAAGUAAUACUGUACCAGAAAACAUGCAUUAUUCUACUGCAUUAGGGCUUCAUAUGCAGCAAGGUUGUAUGGCUAGUAAUACUUACAUAGAAGCAACAUUAACACAACAAAUUCCCUGCAACGCUACUAUAAUGGAAUCUGGACCAGUUGUGGCUAGCACAGAAUCACCGCCUCCAGGAUAUAUAUCUGAAGACGGAGAUCCUAUGGACAUAAAUGAUAACCUUAAUCAGUCUCGUCUAAGCCCAAGUCCCUUGCAAGAUGCACAACCUGUGAUGUAUUACGAGCCUGCAUUUUGGUGUUCCAUAAGUUACUAUGAAUUAAAUAUUAGAGUCGGGGAAACUUUCCAUGCUAGUCAACCAUCCAUUACUGUUGAUGGAUUUACAGAUCCCAGUAAUUCAGAACGCUUUUGUCUUGGCCUGCUUUCAAAUGUCAACCGUAACGAAGUUGUGGAACAAACUCGACGCCAUAUUGGUAAAGGUGUUCGGCUUUAUUAUAUAGGUGGGGAAGUAUUUGCUGAGUGUUUGAGUGAUUCAAGUAUAUUUGUCCAGAGUCCUAAUUGUAAUCAAAGGUAUGGCUGGCACCCUGCAACAGUUUGUAAAAUACCGCCAGGUUGCAAUUUAAAAAUAUUUAACAAUCAAGAGUUUGCUGCAUUAUUAUCUCAAUCUGUUUCCCAAGGAUUUGAAGCAGUGUACCAUUUAACUAGAAUGUGUACUAUCAGAAUGUCCUUUGUAAAGGGUUGGGGUGCUGAGUAUAGGCGGCAAACUGUUACUUCUACCCCAUGCUGGAUAGAGUUGCAUUUAAAUGGACCUCUUCAAUGGUUAGAUCGUGUGUUGACGCAGAUGGGCUCUCCAAGAUUACCUUGCAGUUCUGUUUCUUAAAUUAGUAGAAACAAUACUUAUUUAAGUAAUGCUAGAUAUUCAUGUUCAGGUAUAGUUUAUAGUUGAUAUACUAGUAAUAUCUAUUGGAGGUUGGAUUCAAAUUCACUUAUUUCAUGUGAUGUUGUUUUACACUUUUGGCUCAUCGAUACUUAAACAACCUUACAUUGAUUGCUUUGAGGAAGUUUUAAUCUUUUGACAAAAAAAAAUUGAUUUAUUUUUAUCAAGUCAUAUAUGUGUUAUAUUUAAUGGGAAGUACAGCUCUAAGGCAGGUCCAUCAGCUGUGUUAAACUCCUACAUGAUUCUGGGAAGAAUGACCAGAGAGAUUUCCUAUUGCCAUUUCACACUGCAGUGCCAGAACCGAGUUUAUCAUGCAGUAGUGAUAUCAGAUUUUACUUGAAAAUAUAGAUCAAAAAUGUUUGAAGAUAGCCGAUUUUGAGCACUACGGUAUGAAGUGGCAAUGGGAAAUUUUCCUCGGCAUUCUUUCCUGAAUCGAGUUGAUUUAUCUGAUGAACCUUCCCUAGAGUAGUACUACCCAUUACAUGAAGCACAUAUGUGUGCAUGUAUUACUUUUGUUUUAAUUAUUUUCUUUUACAUUUGAGUUGGUUUUUAUAAAGUUACCAUAUAUGUGGUAUUGAGUAAUAUAUUUUAUCUGUG